CCCCUGUGCAUGUAUCCAUGUGUGUGUCAUCGUCUUUCUGAGGAUUCCCACCCACAGUUUCAGGAGAACUUCACACAGUCGUCCAUCCCAGUGUGGAGAAGAGUCGAGCAUUCCCUUUUCGAGCUCAGCAGGAUCGACAGCAGGCCUCAACCUUCAGAAACUCAGAACAGAGCCAAACAUCCAGCAGAAUCAGAAGAUGAGGAGCGGAGUGGGGCUGUGUGUGGUGGGCCUGCUGUGCCUCUACAGCUCAGUGUCUGGACAGGAGGCAGGGGAGGUCCAGUCUGGCGUCCUGAUCUUCUGUGACGACCCAUCUGUGGAGAAAGCUGUCCACAGUGCUGUGCACAAGUUCAAUGAGAGGCUGACCACUGGAUAUAAUCUGGCCCUCUUUCAGACACUGAAAGCCAGCAAGUCAGAGAACGGCUCAGACUCGGUGUAUUCACUGGAGUUCACCACCAGGAGGAGUGACUGUCCAGCAGGGAGCAGUAAACCCUGGACAGACUGUGACUAUUUGCUUGUUGAAAGCAAGAAUCCGAUUUCAUGCAACGCCACAGUCCAAAUGUCAGAGACAGAGGCCGAUACUAAACAGGUGGACUGCCAGAUUGAAAGUCACGUCUUUUCGGAGAAAGCAUCCUGUUUGGGCUGCCCAGAGACCAUCAGUGAGAACUCAGAGGACCUUAAGUCCCCCCUCUUUGCCUCCAUCUCCAAGUAUAACUCCAUGUCUGACUCUACUCACCUGUUCAGUCUGCAUGAAAUUGGCCAUGCCACCAGACAGGUGGUUGCAGGUUUCAGAUACAAGCUGACCUUUGACAUGAAGAAGACCAUCUGCUCCAAGGCUGACCACACAGACCUCAACGAGCUGUGCGUCCCCGAUGAAGAGAAUCUGGAGUUUGCUAACUGUAACUCAACAGUGGAUGUAGCACCUUGGAGACAUGAGCCGCCACAGGCCCACAUAGAGUGUGCAGCAGGUCCAAUGCCGCCCACUGGAUUCGCCAGGCGCCGUCCUCCUGGCUGGUCUCCUCUCAGGAACUUCCUGUAUGAAGUCAAAACCAGCCCGGUAACUUCAUCUCCACCCUUGGAAAACCCUCCCGCAGUCACGGCCAAAGAAGCGUCAUCCGAGGAGGACACCACGACUGCCACACCGUCAGUUUCACACGACCACCCCUUCCACUGCCCAUCCAAGCCCUGGAAACCUUUCAAACCUCCUACAGCUCCUACCAAAGCAACUGUAGAGGCAGCCUCCCCUCAGCCCCCAGCAGAUGGAGCCUUCAGCGAUACAGACCUGCUGUCAUAAAUGUUUUCUCAAGGGAGCCAGAUUCAUAACAAAAAAAACCCCACUAGUCAUACUCAGUGUCAAUUCUGGGAUGAUCAUCAUCUUCUAGGAUUAUCCAGAUUUUAAAUAAAUAAAUUUUAAAUAUUAACAGAUGGGUUUGGUUAAUAAAAUCUCAGUAUAAGUUAAAAUAACACAAAAAAUAAAUGGAAGGGAAAGCAGUUUGUUUGGGUGUCAAAAGACGUCAGAAAACUGAGUUAAGAAAAAACUUUUAAUGGCUAAAGAAAGGGAUGUUUGUUUGGAAUCAAUGUGAAAGAGUUAAAAUUUAAAA